GAAAACACAUACAUGGUUGCCUUCGUCUUCGUAUUAGGGAUGGUGCAUAAAGCCAGUCGAUGCGUGAGAUCGAAGAGAAGAGCAAAAAUCGUGUCGAUAGGCCGUUGGUUUUCUCUGCUUGACCCUCGCUUCGUCAUUUGAGCGCCCUUUUCUCCUCUAGAGGUAUUGGGAAAAACUUUUGAAGUGAUGGCCUCGAAGCGUAUACUGAAGGAACUCAAGGAUCUGCAGAAAGACCCUCCCACUUCUUGCAGUGCUGGACCUGUGGCUGAAGAUAUGUUCCACUGGCAAGCAACCAUCAUGGGGCCGGGCGACAGUCCUUACUCUGGAGGUGUAUUCCUCAUUACAAUCCACUUUCCUCCCGACUAUCCAUUCAAGCCCCCAAAGGUUGCUUUCAAGACCAAGGUUUUCCAUCCUAAUAUUAAUAGUAAUGGAAGCAUAUGUCUUGAUAUUCUCAAAGAACAGUGGAGCCCUGCACUCACCAUCUCAAAGGUAUUACUUUCAAUUUGUUCGUUGCUGACUGAUCCAAAUCCUGAUGAUCCGCUUGUGCCUGAGAUAGCCCACAUGUACAAGACUGACAAAGCCAAGUAUGAGUCCACUGCCCGCAGCUGGACACAGAAAUAUGCCAUGGGAUAAUAGUGAUAUUUUGAAAAAACAAAUUGUACUAAUAGUGAUAUUUUGAAAAACAAAGGGUAUGAGGCUCUGAUUGCUUUUGCUUUCCUGUACUGCAUGAACUUAUGUGGCUUGCCCCUGUUGGAGAAUUUCGACUUUUCACCUUUUAUGAGGUGAAAAAUCUGUUAAUCCGAAAUGUGUAUCGUUUUUCUUUGGGUAUUAUUAUCAUGGCCUCAAAGUCCCGAGGAUGAGGAGUGUAUUGUCAUGGCCUCAAAAAAU